AUGCUCCUGCAAAUCCUCCUCCUCCACCUUCUUUUCUUUCUCGGCUCCCCUCCUCGCAGCUUCCUCGCAUACAACCUGCUGUGGACCGUCCUCUUUCGAGUCGUUCUUCCUCUUUUCACGGGCGCCUUCCUUCCGCUCGCAAUCCUCAUGGCAAUUCUCCUUUCGUUGUACGUGCAGUUGCUCGUCACCGUCAACCUCCUGGGCCUCCUCCUCGUUCACAUCUUCCGCUUUCAUAUCCCCGCCAACAACGUCUACAUCCUCAUCCUUUUCUGCCUACGUGUCCGCGCCCUACACCAACUCUUCCCACGUCCCACGGCUCUUCCGGCGAUGGCCCCCAAUACACCUCCGGCUCCCGACCCUCGACCAAGCGGUACACCACCACCUCCCGUCUCUAAACCAGAUGGUACGCCCCCAGCUACCGACUCCCCGCCAAGAACCAAGGCGCGAGAGAAGCCUAGCAACGAGCAAACUUGCUUGACAUACUGGAAGUGCUGUGCAUGUGGCCAGCCGGGAAUUUUUGGCGACCGCGUCAAGUCUUGCGUCAAGGACGGCUGCGAACAUGACCAAUGCAAACGCUGCACCUUUUACAACUCUUACGACGAUGAAGGCUUCAAGGAGAAGGGGAGAUUCCCCUGGUCCCGCAAGAGUCCGCCCAUAUCGCCUGCCAAGUAUCUGGGCUGGGGAGGGAUUAUAUCAUGA